UCUCCCACUCAAUCUGGUAUUACAAUACUAUUGCCACGAGUCAGACGACUGGGUGCGGCUUGCCGGAGCCAUACUCAUCGAUCUGACUGCAUGCAAGCCCAGGAUGUGAAGGACGCAUUUCACGCCCUUCGGACUGCCUUGCUAUGGCUACUGAACAAGAAGCCGCCUUCAUGGCUCGGUUGGAAGGUCUCCGAAAAGAGAUGCACAUGGCAAUACGAACAAGAGGUUUCUCCAAAGAAUCCAGAGAAUAUUGCAUCGCAAGAGUAAAACAGUGUCUCGAUGCUCCAAACGCUGAUGUCGAGAAAAUAUGGCCUGACCCUGACGAAGUCGACGGACAUUCUGCGAUGCACGAAGCAAUUAGACACAACGCAUUUGAUGCCUACUGCUUUCUUUUGUCGCGCGGGUGUAAGUUCAAAAACGACGCGGAAAAACAGGAAAGCUUUCUUGACAUCGACAAAAACGAGCACAGGGAAAUACAAAUGUCCGAAGUCCAAUACCAGCUAGCCCGUUUCGUGCAGCACAAUGAGGACGCUCAUGUGGACUACCUCAAAAGUAGGUCCUACAGCAUACCAAAGCGCGAUCACUUUCCCGAAAAAGUCAGAGGCAUGUACAGGGAACUUGAUCAGGAUGAGCUGAUAAGAAUGGUUCUCCAAGUAGCAGCUACGUCAGGAGCCGUACGCAUCAUUUUUGAUGUUGGCAGCUCAGAUGUUGAGUGCAUGACUGCGCGGGUGCUUAACAGUCCUGAAGCACACACAGUUGGACUGAUGGAUCCUGAGAGGUGUACUAUCCACAUCGCUGCGGACAGGAGUCGAGAAGACGUUCUUGGAACGUUGGCACAUGAGCUGUGCCACUUUGCAGUUUUCUUGGCUUAUGUAAAUCAAUGCAAGCCUUAUCGAUCUGACGACAGUGGCAAUAAAGACACGUAUCAGAGGGUGUUUGAAGAAAUGCGCAACAAAGUGAAGACAACAUCAGGGAUGGAACAUCUCUUAACUAGGGUGUUUCAAGACGACCCACAGAAGCAGGAACAGGAGCUAAUAGUGCAGGUACCAGAUAUCCUCGCAAAAUAUGGGCGUCGUCGAGACGAGAACUACAUGGAAGUCGACGGAGAUCCGUCACAGGAAACAAGCGCUGGCAUUGAUGUUCUGGAGGAGCAAGCACCAAGCUUGUUUCAAUAUUUCAAGGAGGUUGUCAUUCCGGACAUGAAGAAGUACCUCAACAAAUUUCGCAGUGAAAUGGAUGUCAACGAAAUAAGAAAUAAAAAUGAAAGCCUAGGCAAAGCUAAUCAGACCGAUGACCUUGGGGUCACCUUUACGGAGGUCCCUAGCCCAGAAGAGUUGGUGGACGUCCCACUCCUCGUAUUUGCCAGUCCAAACCUGACCCUGCUGGAAGUAAUGGUUCACAACCUCGUAAAGGCAAUGAAAUUGCCAUACCUCUUUCUCGAAGCACAAAAGUGGAACCACGAGAUGGAAAAAGUGUUGUCGUAUAACAGAUGUGACGUCGUCCUUCUCAGCAACCCAAGUAAUGCUGUACCAGAAGAUAUCUGCAAUCAAAUGGCGCGCAUUUUAAGCGCGUGUAGUGAAGUGCGAGGAACAAGAGUGAUCCUCCUCACCGCGAACGAGCAGACGGAUCACGUAGCGGCAGCAUUAAGAAAACAGCGCUUUUUCAGUAUCACUAUGAAGCCUCAUGAACAACUUGCUGCCAACGUCGUAUCUAAAGCUUGUUUCGAAAAUGUUGCGGAGGACUGUAAAAGGAACGUUUUGAACCGUUCCUGGAUCAACUUCCAGGGGUUCUACGAAAGACUGUCCGAAUGGGAUGAACCGGAUCUCAACAGUCUUCUCAGUGUCAUGGAUGAAGACACAUUUAUGGCUUUGUGCCAGUUGAAUGAACUUGAUGUAGGUCCGCAAUUGCGGGAAGACGCCGAGGGAUAUUAUGUGAGAAGAACGUGUCAGAAGGGGAGCUUGUACGAAGAGACAAAUUUGACAGAAGCAAAUGAAAAGAUCAUUAUUGUCACCGGUGCACCAGGAAUGGGUAAGACUAGGCUUGCAUCUAGAAUAUCCAAGAUGAUAAAGGAAAAGGGAAAUAGAAAAUGGGUGCUUCACGUCGACCUCCCAGAAUUAAGCAGAGAGCUCAAGGUGCUGAAUGCAGAAGAUAUCUUCAGUGAUCUAGGGAAUUUCGCAGAAAUAUGUGGAGUGAAGAAAGCGGGAAUCGGGCUUGCUCUCUUCGAGAAGAGCAUCACAGAAGGAAGCCCUUUCAAAGUUGUGCUAAUUUUGGAUGCGUAUGAUGAAAUGCGCGAAGGUGAUCGUGAAAAGAUCUUACGCGUUGUACACAUUCUAGCUCGUACAGAAGUUUCUAAGGUAUUCGUCUUCAGCCGCUCUGUAUUCGAGCACGAACUAAGCCAUACAUUGCGAACAACACCUUACGAACUUCUGCCUUUCACGGUGCAAGAACAAGAGACAUUCCUUAAACAGUACAAGGAAAGAACGACGUCAGAUGCAGUUCCACCCGAAAACCCUUCUGGCAUGCGGAGGUUACAAGAUAUAUGGAUCCUGUUAAAGGAUGACGAAGCGUUACUAGGUACACCAUUUUAUCUUCGCAUGGUCGCGGCACUUGAGAACCGAGAAGUUCUUGAUGACAUUGAUUCUAACGUGCUAAGAAAGGCAUGUAACUCCACGGGAAGCGAAAAGUACCUAGGCUUCUACGAGCUGGCCACAGAGUGGAGGUACUUGCAGCACAAAAAAGAAAAGAAGCGUGAAGACAUUAGCAGAGCUUGCGUAAGCGAUGAUGAUGUCAUUUUGAAGGACAAUUUCUACAGCAACCACCAAGCACUCGCAGUGAAAGCUGUCUUCGAUAAGAAAUUGUGUGGAUAUAUUCUGCGUGAAGACGAGAAAGAGAGGUUUCAGAAUGAAAGUAAUCCAAUGAAUCCUCUAAAUAAAGCAACAAAAAAUCACUUAAAGCACGGUCUUCUAGACGGGCUACGCGACGGUAGACCUGUGUUCAGUCCCAGUAGCAUGGCAGAGUUUUGGGCAGCAGAACGUCUCUUCAGCAAGAUAUCCUGUAGUGCAAGCGAUAAGGUGCGUCAUUUGGCUUUCCUUAUAUAUGGAGAAGAUCAUUUUAAAAGAGUUACUAGGUUUCUCGACAGCUUUGGAAUGAAGUCAAAUCAAUUUCAUUUUGCCGUUAUGACCAGAGACGUUGUAUAUCUAAGAAGUAGUGCCGGGAACCAGGACUGUGACGAGCUUGAGCGAAAUCCAUGGCACAUCGCUGCACUGCAUGCUGACGAAGACACCAUAUCAGUGCUUCUUAGUAUUGAAACGAGCUCACUAGAGGAGAAAGACAAGUUAGGCGCUAAACCGUUUGACUAUAUGCACCAACAACACGCGUGGACUAGACUGCAUUCAAUCUGCUCUCAGUGCAGGGAUGGGGAAUUGAGCGGAGAUCUCUCCAUUCGACGUGCCACCCAAAGUGCUACACUUGUGACCAACUCUGAGCCGAACUUACACAUAAUCGUCGACCGUGAGAUCAAGGAUCUGCAGCAUUGGCUCGCGCGUGAAAAGCAUGUUCGUUGCCCUAGCAGUUCUUCCGGCAAAGCAAUGUUUUUCUACAUCAAGUCGGUGGAAGCACUAACGAGGCUUACAUCUUCCGACACCGUUCAGGUUGUUGACCAUACUGCCGGUAUGGUGUCAGUCCGUCAGUUUCGUACAGAGCGCAUUUCUAAAUCGCUCGAUGAAGUAAGACGGCGAGCACCACACAACGAUGACAACCACGGAGACUGGGAUGCUGUAACAACGCUCGUUCCCCAUCCCGUGGUAGGUAAUACCGAUGAGGUCGAACGUGCGCACCGUGGAGCUAUAUGUGAGUGCUGGGCUGUCAUGAUGCUCUUGCGACCUGAUUCUGAGUCGAACGGAACUCCAACAUGUGACGAGCAACAAGAUAUGCGAUUUAUUCACAUGUGGUUUUGUCCAAACCCCGGCUGCCAAAAAAGCAAGAAAGGUCCGAACGUUCGGAGGGGUCUAAAGCGUAAGAGGUCCGAAACUAACUCUACGGAUGAUGAAGAGUAUUCGGAUGAAUGGAGAGAAACUGCGAGCCUCCGGAAGGAUCGAAAACGUAAGAGGUCUCAAACGAAAUCUGCAGAUGACGAAGAGUCUUCGGAUAAAUGGAGAUAUCACCGAACCAAUAUCCACAAGGCUACAGAUGAAAGGAACGUUGAUGGUGUCAAAAAGUGUCUCAAUGACGCCCCCCAUCUCAAGCUCUGGCUGCAUCCGUCAAGUGGCGAGACGGUGCUACACCGUGCGGUUAAGACACAGAGAUUGGCCAUCUAUUUCCUUCUACAGGACCAUGGGUGCCUCAUGAAAGAUGAAGAAACCUUAGAUUGCGCCCACGAAAUCGCAAGCGCCGAAGUCUUUAGGCGCCGUUUUUACGACGCCAACACACAUGAUGCACUAAGAAGGCACACGGAAAGCCGUCCAGGGACCGCGGAGAAUGAGAGGAGGACAGAUGACUUCUAUCACGCCUUAAACUCUAAUGAUUUGCUCAAGGCUACGCUAAGCGUAUCAGGGACAUCACAACGUGUGCAAGUAACCCUGGAUUACGAUAAGGAGAGCAUUGACACAGUCGAGGGGGCCCUGGAAAACCCCAAACGUGGUUUCGCUCAUUUGGAAAAAGAAACUAUUUGCGUCGCGGCUAAGAGGGAAAAACCCGAAGUUCUUGGAACUCUCGCCCACGAGAUCUGUCAUUUGGCCCUCCAUUUCGUUUACAGAAACGGUGGAAAGCCAUACUUGCAAACAGACAGGGAAAGGGCACUGCUCUAUGACACAAUACUAUAUAACAUCAGGAAGAACCCAGAUAAAAUGGACUCGCUCCUUAGAGACGUUCCGAGAGAGCACGAAAAGGAAGAACUAAUUGCCUAUGUUCCUGAUCUCCUCGCCCAGUAUGGUAGCCCGGGGGGUGAAAACAUUUUGGAGAAGCAAGCACCAGAACUCUUCGAUUUCUUUAAGAACGUGGUCAUCCCAGAUAUGAUCGCUUACACGAAAAACAGGUUCCCUACUCGGGAUCAAGCGAGAAUCGAGGUCGAGAACCGACGUCUUAAACACGCCGACGAAACGGAAGACCGUCAGGUGAAGUUAAAGAGAGAUCUCGACUACCGUGACCUACCAGAUGCUCCAGUUCUAAUCCUUACGGCUCCGAACUUGACAGUGCUAGAAAUAAUGGCUUACAAGGCUAUUAAGUCUACAGAGCAGACGCACCUGUUUCUCAGAUCUUCGCAGUGGAACCCCAGACUCCAGGAUGUUCUGUUUUCAAACUGUUGCAUGUGGGUGCUGCUAACUUGUGAUCAGGACGCAGGUGCCCAGUUCCAGAACAUGCUCGAACUCUUCAUUGAGCUAAAUGAAGCGGCUGGCACAAAGGUUAUAGUACUCGCGCAAGAAGACAAUGUCAAGAACCUGGUCCAAAGACUAGAAAAACAUCCAUUCCUCGCAAACGCUCACAAGGUCAUGAAUGUUUCAGACGCCCAUUUGGACAUGGUUACAGAAGACACAAAACGUAGUAUUCUCCGAACGUCACGAAUAUGCUUUCAAGGUUCUCCAAAACUGCUAUCGCUCGAAGACCUGCUAGAUUUAACGAGAGAAGAUGGAAUAUCUGAUGAAGUUACUUGUUUAAUGUCAUGCCAGCUCAAGACGAUUGAGGUAGGACAGCCUGUUCCCCAACUUGACCAACACGUCAGUGAGCAUUAUGUUGAGCGUGAGUGUCAAAGAUGUGUUGCAGUUGAUGUUUUAAGACUUCGGCCGGGCCCAGACGAAGCCUUUGUAUUCUGGGGAGAUGAAAUAUUCAGAUUUCUAGAGAGAAUGAGUCCUAGCCCACAAAUCUGUUCUUUUACCCGGGUGCAACAGUUUAAGACUUUUGUGCACCUUGAAAGCAUUGAUGAAUAUAAGGCUAUUGUGGAAAAAAAUGAAUAUAAAGAUAAAGUUGUGCACCUGUUGCAGUAUAACGCUGCAUCCCAAAGUUUCCGCUUGGUUGAGACCAAUGGCCCCUCGAGUCAUCUUCCAAUGACACGAAAAAAAAACUAUAGUGAGAUGGAUCUCGUGAACCAAGAGAAAGUUGUAGUCAUCUGUGGGCAUCCAGGGAUGGGAAAAAGUUCGCUCGCACUUCGACUAUGCAACAUGAUUAAGCAGAGAGGAGAGAGACACUUGGUGCUGUACGUGGACCUUUCGAAAAUGAACCGGUUCUUAAGAUCGCUAGAAAUAGAUGAUGAACCUGGGCAAAUUAAGCGACUUGCAGCAUUAUGUGGUAUGAAAGACAACGGACUCGAGUUGAUGUUAUUCCAACGAAGCAUCAAAACCGGAGGUCCUUUCAAGGUAACUGCAGUCUUUGACGCGUUUGACGAAGUUGAAGAAGGUAGUCGGAAAAAUGCACUCCUUCUAACGAAGAUCCUCACACGAACAGAGGUUUUGAAGGUUUUUGUCUUUAGCCGCAAUGUAUUCAAGACUACUAUACAGGACAUUUUAGGUGCAGUACCUUUUCAGCUAUGUCCGCUUGCAACUGCUGGUAAAGUGAAACUUGUAAGAAACUAUAGGAAACGACCAUUAGUGGCAGCUCGCGUUGAAGGAUGUCCGGAACCAAAUAUGUUGUGGAACUUGUUAAUGUUACCAGACGUUUCAGGAAAUCCUUGCAUGUUCCGAAUGACAAUGGGCGUCAUGGAAGACGAGAUAUCGAAGGACUCCUUGAUUCCACUCAAAAUUCAAGCCACUUGCAAUGAAAACCUUGCAACGUUGUUCAGAAAGCUUGCAGAGCACAUGUACAUGAUUUACAAAAAAGAAAAAAGGAACGAUGAUGUCCUCCUUUCCGCUUGUCAAGACGACUAUGAUGUGUUGGGAAAACAGUUCUACCAUGACCACGAGCUCCUGGCCGCCAAGGCUGCGUUGGGUGACGAACUCAGCAAGCAGGUGCUGACUGAUGAAGAACGAAAAGAACUGGAAACACGUGUAAUGAAGCUUGUCGCUGAGAAUCGUUUGAGACAAGGCUUUAUUGAUGGAGAAAUCAAUGGGCACCCUGUGUUUGCAAACAAGACAUUUGAAACGUACUUUACGGCACAGCUGCUCUCCCGCAAGGUAAGCACAAAAAGAAGUCCCAACACUACGAGAAUUGUUCGAGACAUGUACUCGGGCGCUACCUAUGGACGCUGUAUUGUUCAUCUCGGUUGUCUUGAAGAAGCCAUCUCCAUGAGCGUUGCAGCCCUGAAGGACCACUGGGCCAUGUACUGGAAACUCAAACUUGAGAAACUGACCCCAAAAGGCGUUGCCAGCAAGAAGGUUUCCCAAGGAAUGAAAGAGCAAAGAAACUACGGGCAAUACCUCGACAUCCUGCGUUACCUAAACGAAGCCAUCAUCAAACAUUUGGCGUCCUUGAUUCGAGGCGGUUACCAGAACGACAAGAAGGACGAGAUCUUGAACAGGCAUUAUAUAAGUGUUGUAGAAGGCCGUGAAACCGCUGAACACUCACUGGAAGCCUUUAAGCGAAUGUUGAAGAGUCCCACCAGGGCCAAGCUUUAUCGUCUCAGUUACGAGAGGUCCACGCCUCAAAAGGAAGACGCUGUCAUUCGUCUUGAGGGCACGAUAUUAGAGUGCUUUUAUGUUGUGAGCAACUUGAUCGCAAAGCACUCGAAAUACGAUAAACAGCAGAACGUCCGGGAUCUGAAAUUCUGGAAACGUAUUCAGGAAGCCUUUAAGCUGGGUGACUACGACUGCGUCCUACGCAAAUUCCGUGCCUUUGUGCACAGCGCGACUACCAUCUUGGUGCACCUCAGAGACCUGUACUCAAAAUUGAGUUCUACAGGCUAUAAAACUGAUGUAGAGAGGGAGAGCAUCGUGGACAAGUCCUCGCAAGUCCUGACAUUCUUUGAUAGUUCCGGAGCUGCAUGUUGCUCGAUUCAUACCGCCAUCAUCAAUGGUGACUCUGUGGAUAUCAAUGAAGAAAGUAUGAACAUGCUUGACGAGCAUGGAAGAACACCGCUUCAUGUGGCAGCAUUGUAUGCCAGCCCACAGACCUUGAAGAACCUUCCACUGACUGACAAGCUGCCCGGUGAAGACUUGUUGGGCAUGACGCCGCUGAUGUACGCCGACAUAACCUGUGCAUGGCGUCGCUUAGAUAUACUAUGUGAGCGUUACAAGGACGACAGCAUGAAAUGGGACGAUCAGAUUCCGACAGUACAUAGAAAUAUUAGGACAGAAAAUUGCCUCGACAAGUCUGUGCUGUGCAAGUGUAUCGAAGAGGAACUGCAUCACCUCUUAAAUAUAAUCCUUUGUCAGUUUUGCUCAUUGGUUUAUCACGGCGGGGAGAGAGACAAAACUCCGGAACGUGUACGUGUCGAUUCCAAAAGGGGAGAUCGUGGUGAGACUCUUCUCUUCAGGGCUAAGUCGUUGAACGUUUUCCUGCUUCUUCUCCCUUACUCUAAUCUUGAGGCCGUGAAUAGCAGGAAACGUACACUGCUGCAUGAAUGUGCCAUGAAAGGACGUGUGGACAUUGCCAAACGUGUUCUCAUUCGGUUCGCGACCAGCGGAGAUGAGACGUGGCGCGAUACGCCGCUUGGCUUGGCCGUUCGGUACUGGCAACACGAUGUCGUGAAACUGCUGAUACCACAUUUCCCUGCUGACGUUGAGGCUAUUUGUAUGAGGCUGCAUGAAUGGUUAGGCUCCCCAUCUCGGCACUAUGAACGCCAGCUCGCAAUAUUGAAGUUGCUUCAUCCUCAUUCAAGCCGUUUAUUGCAACAAGGUGUUCCUUAUACAAUCACGAUGUGUAAUGACUGUGACUCUAUUUUAUACUUACUUCCUUAUUUGAACGUCCAUGCUACUGUUUUUUAUCAGUAUCAUCACUAUGAAUUAUUCAAACAUUCUGAGAGGUAUUAUCGGAAACGCAGGGGCAUGGAGACGUUGCGCAUGAUUAAGGUGAUCAAGCUGUUUCUCUUGCAUUCACUCGUAAGUGACUGGGCAAUGUUCAUGAGUGCAGGUGCUGAUGACGAGAAUUUAUGUGACAUUGUAAAACCGGUGCUUCCACAUUGUGACAUUAGCGAGAUACGCAACCUGGUGCAGUUCUUAGAGCCACGUGAGGACAAAGAAUACGUGCUUCAGGUAUUACGCCGAAUGGAAGACCAAGUAUUGCCUUAAGGGCGUCUCCGGAAGAGUUUGUACGAUGGAAGACUGAAAAUGUCGUAGUCCCAACUCUGUACUGAAGUCAAACUCUGAAACAAUAAAAUAUUGUUGGUGACUGUU